AUGGGCGCAGAGCUCUCCCACGAAACGACCGUUGACGAGGAUGUUGCACCCGUGGUUUUAACUGACCGAACGGUGAAGGCAGUCGCCGAAUUCAUCUUGUCCGGAAAUUGUAAGAAGGUGGUCUUUAUGGUUGGCGCCGGAAUAUCUACGAGUGCUGGUAUUCCAGACUUUCGAACCCCUGGAACAGGUUUAUACUCAAAUCUUCAACGAUUGAACCUACCGCAUCCUGAAGCCGUUUUCGAUAUAUCUUUCUUCAGAGAGAACCCAGUCCCAUUCUACACCCUCGCCCGGGAGCUAUACCCGGGAAACUUUAAACCAACGGUCACCCAUGCGUUUAUUCGCCUUGUUGCUGACAAGGGAUUACUGCUGAAAUGUUUCACCCAGAACAUCGACACUCUGGAGAGGGCCGCCGGUGUCCCUGCAGAUAGGAUGGUGGAGGCCCAUGGCUCUUUUGCAAGCCAGCGCUGUAUCGACUGCAAAGCUCCCUACUCCGACUCCGAUAUGCGCCACCAUAUCAAUAGCGGGACCAUUCCACGAUGCCCUUGUGGCGGUCUCGUAAAGCCUGACAUCACGUUUUUCGGCGAAGCUCUUCCUUCAACAUUCCACGACAGUAUCCACUUGGCCGAAGAGGCAGACCUCGCGAUCGUCAUGGGGUCUUCGCUGAGCGUAUACCCAUUCGCUGCACUCCCUGGUAGGUGCAGCGACACAUGUGCGCGCGUGUUGAUCAACAUGGAAAGCGCAGGAGGAAUUGGCUCCAGAAGGGAUGAUGUACUCAUGUUGGGCACGUGCGACAAUGGCGUGCGGAGAUUGGCAAAGGAGCUUGGUUGGGACGUGGAGUUGGAAAAGCUGUGGAACUCAAUCCGUGGAAGCGAGGAGCCGCCUAAGGUUAGAACAGACGAAAUGAUUGAAGAAGAGGUGAGGAGAUUGACGGAGGAGGUGGAGAGGGAGCUGAGAGUUGCGGAGGAGUACAAGGGACGGGUCGAGGAGAAAUUGAAGACUGAGGAUGAAAGGAGGAGGGAGAAGGAGCUAAGGGCCAAGAUUGAGGAGGACCUGGAGGGAAAGGUGCCGAAAAGUGAGGAGCGAGUGGAUAACGCAACUACAGAGUUGGAGAACGAGAUGCCGCGUUUGAGUCUGAACGGCAAAAUCUAG